AUGCAGUCUGGUUGUUGUAAGCCACCAACAUUAUGCAAUUACAACGUGGCAACCACUGUGAGUCAAGACCCGGACUGCUACCGGUGGAACAAUGCGCCCAAUUUGUUAUGCUACGAGUGCGAUUCAUGCAAAGCUGGAGUGCUUGAAGACAUCAAAAGAGACUGGCACAAGCUCUCUGUCCUCAACAUUGUCAUGCUUGUGGUCCUCAUUGGAAUCUAUUCAAUUGGGUGCUGUGCUUUCCGGAACACCCAAAGAGCUGAAACGGACCACCCGUAUGGUCAGAACCGGAUGUCCAAAGUUCGACCCAGAUGGGAUUACUAUUGGUGGAGAUGGUGGCAUCACAGAAAAGAACAGCUUUAUUAGUUGAAGAAACUCUAUGUUCUUUCUGUUACUGUGAAUCUUGUUCUUAGGUGUGCUCUAAAGAUGGGACAAUUCAGUUGUUUUUUCAAUGUAUGGGAAUUGGAGGUCUCAAAUCCUCUUUUUGGAUAGACUUUUAAUUUUAAUUUUUAAAUGUAGUUGGUUUUUUUUUU